AAUCUAUUGAUCGAUGCGACAUACAUUGAGAUUGAUUAUGUUCCCAAACCCGUUAUUCUAAAUAUAGACCAUUACAGCGUGAAUAACCAAUGAGAUCGCUGAACACAGGUAUUUCACCACCGCAUGUAAACACUGGAUAGAGUUUAUAAACCGGCUUGUGUCACUGUAACACAACAUUGGUCUCCCUGCUGGUAAAGCUCACAGGUGAAGUUUGAGUGUCUAAACAUGGUUUACAAGACUUACAAAGGUCGUGUCCGCUCCGGAAACACUCUCAGAGCUUCUAAUUCAGGGGACAGCGACAUAUACAGACGACAGUCUUACUCGGUUCACCAGUCCAAGGACAAACCUGUUAUUGAUCUCCUAGAAGACCUUGGCAUUGAUACAGAAGACGUCGCUUACUCCCUCAACAAGAAAGGACGAUGGCUGGUCCCACAAAUUCUAAAACAAGAAAUUAUCAAAAACAAAGACGAAAUCCAUGAAUUUGUCGAUUGCCACAAAUCAUUUUAUUCAAAUAAUGGUUUUCUUAAAAAGCUUGUACCCCAGAGAACCUGCAUGCAUUUAGAUACAUGUAGGGCCGAUAGUGAGGCAUUAAAGAUUGAUAUUGUGACUUUGUGUCCAAUAACAAGCUCUCUCGACCACAAUACUAAAUACACAGGGAAAUGUGGCUCAAACGACAUUUCACAUAAAAAAUCAAAUCCUUAUCACAGCAAAACAAACCGACACCGAAAGACGAUGUCCAAAGGUUUGACAAUGGAUGAAUACCUAGACUUUUCCGAGGACGAAGAUGAGGAUAUAGAUCCUAAUGAGGACACUUACAAACGUCCAAGAGGUGUUUCCUUCGGAGACAUUCUGGUUCAUUCUUGCGAAAUGCAAAAAUUACUUUCCAUAGACAUAUCUAAUCCUUGUAAGGACAGCCUUACAGCGUCAUACGAUCAACACUCACUAUACAACACCGACAGAGAGAAUAAUCACGUUACGUUUUCUGUUCUAAAAACAGAUGUACUAACUGGACAUCUGAGGAGGAUCUUUGGCGGGGACUAUAUCGAAUGUCGUUGUCUCCCACGGAAGUUCCUCAUUGACAUCACAGACAGAGUUACCAGUACCGUCUUGAAAUCCAAAGCUUUUCUCAACAGGGAUUUGAGGCGAAUUGAUCUAUCAACAGUCCUGAUAUUUGCCUACGAUAUGAUCGGCAGUAUGGACAGCAUGGACAUUGACCUUUUUAAAGUCUCCAUAAACAUGAAAACAACACAAAAGUGUCUCAGAAUGGACUCUCUUCCUGAAAACAGUGUGGUUGGAAUUGAGGAAAUUGUUCAGGGCGCAGUAUCCUAUAUAGAAUCCCUCCCCUUUGAUAGCUUCAUACCUAGGAAUUCACUGAAACCCCACACUACGCCAGUCAACAACUACAACAAUAUUCUAAAACUUUGCACCAAAGAGGCCACCGUCUUUACUCCAGAAAAUUUCGCCAUCAAAGACAUACUGAAAGAAAACAGUACGAAACGGUAUGAAAUAGAGGAAAAUGAUGACUUUGAGAUUGAUCCCACCGGAUACGUGUUCCAUUUGUAUGGAAUCACUCCUAGAAUGUUCGGCGACCGCUCUACAAACAUGUGGACAUUGGUUUUGUGAUCGUUGUUGGAAUGAUCAUGUAACCACUGCAAGUAGUGGAAGGUCAGGGAAGGUUACGUGUCCGCAAUAUAGCUGUCGAUGUCCGGUAGGUUACGAUAUUUUGUUCACUGUUUCCAAUCUUCAGACAUUAGAAGGAAUGUUUAGGCGACAAAUAAGCUCUCACGUCGAAAAAGAUCCAAACUCCAAGUGGUGCCCAAAUGAAGCAUGCGGACGCGUUAUCAAGUAUAUCAAAACCGGACAGAACACAAAUGUGGCGUGCGAGUGUGGAACUUGUUUUUGUUUCGAUUGUUUACAAUCCGUCCACUGGCCACUAUCAUGUAAGGACUACGACAAGUAUUUAGAGAAGUUAAAAGACAAUGGUCAUAUAGACAAAGCGCUAAACAUUGAAGAAAAAAUCCCGUACGAUAUCCAAGGAAAACAUUGCCCUGUUUGCAAAGUCUUUAUGGAAAAGACCGGUGGCUGUAUGUUCAUCUCGUGCAUUUGCGGCGCAAUAUUUUGUUGGGCGUGUCUCAAAGAAGGAACACUUCACCGCAGGAAGAUUUGUUUCCCAUGGAGAAAAUGGAAAUUCGGUGACAUGUACAAAUUAAAACGUAUAAGGAUUAUCACUUCAAAGCAUGGUCCCGAUUAUGAAAAACCCACCUGGUAUAAACGUGCUGUUGAAAUUCGUACUAUGCUUAACCCUUCUAGGGUAAAGUCGAUGUCAUCUGCUGUUCAAUACAUGUGCAGAACACUGAGGUCAUCCGGUACAGAACUAGAAAAAUAUGAAGACAACCACAUCACUGCAACGGAUCAAAUCCGUCCAUUUCUUUCGAGUAUGGUCAGCCUGUUCCUGGAGCUAACUCCCGUUUGUGAAUACACUACUGUGUUCUUAGAGGAGUCAAAAGAUGGAAGGCUUGUGCAGCUCAGAGAUCGUAUCCAACGUAUGACCGAAGAAAUUUGUUCAAUCUUUAUCUCGUCACACAAUCUAGAUUUGAAAUCAUCAAUCUCGCGCCUUAUUCAUCUUCGUUUUGAAUGUGAGAAAGUAUUCAAGAUUAUGUUUACCACUGUGGAAUCAAAAAGGAUGUCUACCAGUUUCUCUCAAUAAAACAAAUACAAUUAUA